AUGAAGACUUCUACAAACGCUGAUCGUUCUACCUAUGUAGAUACGGCCCGAAGAGAAAUCACUGGCAUUUUUGACAUUUCUACGGAAUUUACAAAGGAAUGUGAUAGGGCAGGAGUUUUACCUACACAAGAUAGCAUGGCCAAUGCUGCUAGUGAUGAUUUUUCGUUUCUAGUUAUCUUUCAAGAGAAGCUCAAUGCUCUUGAGAGUAUUGACCAGAGGUGUCGAGAGGAAAGAGCUCCACUUAUCCAGGCGAUCUACCAAGAAGCUUCAAGAGCUUCCGAUAGAAAGUGGUAUUUGGAACGCAAAGUUUAUCUUGAGACCCUCCGCGAGACACGAUUGUUACGACAUAACUAUGAGCAGAAUAAAGCCAAUGAAAUCCGCCAGAAUAAGGAACUUGAUGCAAGACGCAACGAUGCGACAUGCUUAGAUCGCAGAGAGUUCAAGGACUACAGAGACUUGGCUUACCCAGACUUGAAAGAGUUUCAAGCUUCUAUUGCCGAUGCUUAUUGCGUUUAUCUUUGCCGCAAGAACGGCUAA